AUGGAUGUGAAAAUUACAGAAUGCAAGUGUGAAAAAUAUGAUUACAUUCCAACACUUAACACGGUUUCUCCUUUCUCUCAGGUGCUCUGCAGCAACAGCCUCCUGGAAUCCACAGACUACUGGCUGCAGAACCGGAGGACGCCCUGCCAGAUUGGAUUCGUGGAAGACAAGUCUGAAAACUGUGCCUCUGUCUGCUUUGUGAACCUGGAUGUGAACAAGGAUGACUGCAGCACGGAGCGCCUGCAACAGAAACUGGUCAACGUUUCCCCAGAUCUCCCAAAACUCAUCAACUCCAUGAACGUCCAACAGCCAAAGGAAAAUGAGAUUGUCCUACUGAGUGGGUUAACAUCUGGGAAUCUCCAGGCCGAUUUCGAAGUUUCACAGUGUCCUUGGCUGCCAGAUAUCUGCUUGGUCCAGUGUGCCCGAGGGAACAGGCCCAACAGCACCAACUGCAUCAUCUUUGAAAUCAACAAAUUUCUGAUCGGCCUGGAACUGGUGCGGGAACGGCAGCUGCACGUGGAACCGAGCACCUUGAAGCUGGAGGAUGAUACCAACUGCUCGCUGUCCUCCAUCGAGGAGGACUUUCUCACCGCCUCAGAGCACUUAGAGGAAGAGAGCGAAGUGGAAGAAUUCAGGAACGGUUUUGAAAGUCUAAAUGUUUCAGCCAGUGCUUUGGAAAGUCAAAAACCAAAGGAAGCAGCUCAGGAAGAUUGGAAGUACAACAGAGAGAGGUUACUUUACACCUUGGAAGACAAACGUAUUCAUAAAUGUCAUACACCAUUGUUGAAAACGGAAGGCUCUCUAGAAAAAGGAGAAGAAAGAGACUUGAGGGGCUCGGAUUCCUCAGCCAAUGCAUCCCAGUGGAAAGGGGAGGCCGUGAAGGACUCGACAGCCACCACCCAUGGUUGCUCAGGAAAUGAUAAAGGCCACGUGGAAAGCUCACAGGCUUGCUGUCCCUCAGGUGACAUUUGUGUCACCAAGUUGGAUAAGAACGAUGUGUCUUCUGCUUGUAGCCGUGACCAUGGCAGCAGCUUAGAGCUGGGAGCCCCCAGAGGCAGAAGAAAGUCCCUUCUCACCUUACAAGAUGGAGAAGCCACCACUGGCGAGUAUGCUACCAACUUGGCUGAAUCUGUGCUGCAAGAUGCCUUUAUCAGAUUAUCCCAGUCUCAGCCUGAACCGCCCCAGGAAUCAGCCACCUGUGAUUCUGCAGGAAAUGCCGUGCUCACUGGUUGCUCCAGGAAAGAUGAGGUGACCCCUCAGUCAUGGAAUGAGCUCCCCAAAAUUGUCAUAGUGCAGAGUCCAGAUGGCAGCGAUGCUGUCACCGAGCCGGGCACUUGUUCAUGGCCUGACACAGAGGCCUCCGCUGUGAGCCCAGGCAUCCUCUCUGGAGACAGUGCAGGCAGACACCCCCAGAGCGCCCUGGAAGUGGUGCUCGCCUGUGCGGCCACUGUGAUUGGUACCAUCUCCAGCCCUCAAGCCACAGAAAGACUCAAGAAGGAGCAGGAGGCGCUGCUAUCCGGCAGUGUGCUGGGCGGUGGAGAGGCGCAAGUGAGCCCAGGCGACCGGGCCCUGAAGGAGCCCCUGCUUGGCGAGUACUCCUUCCCAUCCGCUCUGUGUGGCAUGACUCAGGUGGCCAGUGCUGUGGCUGUCUGUGGUCUGGGGGAGACGCAGGACGAGGGGUGCCUUGCUGCUCCUGGUUCUCCAGCGGUCCCGGUGCUGGGGGUGUUAACCCCGGAGAGGAGCGUGGAGGUGGACAACGAGGCCAUGGCCGAGGCACUGCUCAGAGAGGCCUCACUGGUUUUGAUGAGGCCCACUUCCCACCGUAGCCCUGAAGACCUCCUGGAGUCAGUGGGCAGGAGGAUCCUGGAGGGCACAUCGCGGCCUCAGGCCCUGUACUCAGAGAAUCUCCUCAGGAAUGAACUGGCACAGAACCUGGCCGCGGUGAUCCUGAAGCAUUCCCUUGAGGAAGUGCACCAGAGAAAUACAACAGGGGAAGCCAAUGAGGGCAGGCGCCCAUCCGACACGCUGGACGCCCUAAUGGAAAGCACACACCAGCUGCUCUUCAGUGUGAUGUGCUUCACGUUCAAGAAGAUGAGCCUUCUGGCACAGCUCGGGGAUGGUCCCCCCAAGGAGGCCUUCAGGUGGGGGGAAACAGGAUCGGGCUGCCAGGUGCCUGACCAGGUCGCUAGUCACACGUGGCCAAAGGCCACUGAACACACUGUGUGCCAUUCAGCUAGCAAUCCGCCCAACAUUAGUCUCGUCACUAAAGAGACUGUACGUUACAUGCUUCCAGAACAAGAGAAUAAGGGUGGAGCGAGACCUGGUCUCUUCAAAACGCCCACCCUGCAAGCUGAAUUGUCCUGUGAACUGUCCUAUGUCAAGCUCAAUCACCAUGUACAUGAUUGCUCGGCCGCUGAAGUUGUGACCUCCAGGGAAGCACAUCUCAAAGGAGCCAUGGGGGAGACCACACAGACCCAUCCCCGACCGCCCAGUCUCCCUGAGGGUGAAUGCCCAACCUCUCUAGAUGUACUCAAGGCACCUGUGGUCAGCAGAAGAAAGGGAUCCCAGGAUGGAGAGGACGGACUGACCCUCAGCACUCCAGAAAGCCACCAGGGUGACUCACCAUUCAACAGCGAAGUUCAAGUCAACUUGUCUCUGUUAGGAAAUGACUCGCUGCGGCCCGCUCAGCCCUUGCUACAGGCAAAGCACGCAGACAUCUACUGCAUUACAGACUUUGCCGAAGAAUUAGCAGAGACUGUCGUCUCCAUGGCAACUGAAAUCGCAGCAAUUUGCCUCGACAACUCCAGUGGCAAACAACCUUGGUUUUGUGCGUGGAGAAGAGGCAAUGAGUUUCUGGUUACACCAAACUUGUCCUGCCGGACCUUGAAGAGGAAGAAGGAGAGCCAGGCUGGAGGGGCCACAGUCCGAAAGCACAAGCCCCCCAGGCUCAGCGAGAUCAAGAAGAAGACAGAGGAGCACCCGGAGCUGAAGGAGAAACUGAUGAACAGGGUGGUGGACGAGUCUGUGAACGUCGAGGAGGCCCCAGAUUCCAUGAACGUCUUUGCCAAUGAAGUGGCCACCAGGAUCAUGAACCUAACGGAGUUCUCCAUAGUAGACGGGGUGUGGCAAGCCCAGGGCUACCCCCGGAACCGGUUCCUGGGAGACAGAUGGAACCGGCUGAAGGCCUCGAGCUGUGAGAGCAUCCCCGAGGAGGACGGUGACGCCAGGGCCUUUGUCAACAGCCUGGGCCUCGUGACUACCCUCAGUCAGCCGGUGAGCAGGGCCAGCUCGGUCUCCAAGCAGUCCAGCUGUGAAAGCAUCACCGACGAGUUUUCCAGGUUCAUGGUGAACCAGAUGGAAAGUGAAGGCCGGGGCUUUGAGCUGCUGCUGGACUACUACGCUGGCAAGAACGCCAGCACCAUUGUGGCCUCGGCCAUGCAGCAGGCCUGUCGGAAAAACGACCAUCUGAGCGUGAGGCCGAGCUGUCCCUCCAAGCAGUCCAGCACAGAGAGCAUCACCGAGGAGUUCUACAAGUACAUGCUCAAGGACAUGGAGCGGGCCAGCAAGGACAGCCCCCCAUCCAGGAGAGGCAGCCACGACUGGGCGGCUGGACUGCUGCCUCCUCCCGCACGAGGCCCCUUCUGUUACCGACAGUCGUCCAUGCCGGACAGCCAGUCGCCAUGCUCCAGGUUGACGGUGACCGCACCCAUCAAAGCCAACUCCUUGGAUGGCUUCGCCCAAAACAGCCGACAGGAUUUCCUCAGCGUGCAGCCGGUCAACCGUGCUUCCUCUUCGGGCCUCUGCAAAUCUGACUCUUGUUUAUACCGCAGAGGGGGCGCGGACCACAUCACAAGCAUGCUGAUCCACGAGACGUGGGAGAACUCCAUUGAGGCCCUCAUGCGAAAGAACAAAAUCAUCGGGGAUGACGUCGAUGCAGCUGAGGCUGAGCCUGUGGCCAGCGGCUCCCCAGUCCAGGGGAAGAAGUGUGCAGACAGGCUAGCUUCAAGCAGAGGGCCAAGGGGUCCCACCAUGCUUGGUCAGGAGUCUGUCAACCACCCAAGAAAAGAUUCCCUCACUGAAAGCAAGCCCUGCCCAGCAUCAUCUCCAUUCAAAGCUGCUUCUCUUACAAACCACAGUGUUGUAGAGUCUAGAAAGGAAGCUUCCCCGUGUCAUGAGGCUAAGCGAUCACUGUGUUCGAGGGAAGUGCCUUUAAUUCAUAUUGAAACAGAUCAAAAGGAAGAGUGUGGUAUGGAGCCUGAAGAUGCCCUGCCCCAAAGUAGCCCUCAGAAGGAAGCAGAAGAACAUUCCAGUGAAGAAAAGGUCCCAGACAUGGUGAGCGGCAAAGACUUAGAGGCCAGCAGCUGCCAGAAGCAUAGGGACAGCCUUGGUGCUACAGCCCUAGCACAGGCUGACGUCUCCGCAGAAGCCAGAGACCCCGAGGAGUUACCCAGCCCUGCGAGCAGCGGUGCGGAGAGCUCGGGCAGCUGGUCCCAGCUUGCCAAUGAGGACGACAACCCCGACGACACAAGUAGCUUCCUGCAGCUCAGUGAGCGAUCCCUGAGCAAUGGCAACAGUAGUGCCACUAGCAGUCUUGGCAUUGUGGACCUGGGCAUUUAUCAGGAAACCAUGCCACCUUCUCCCAUGAUUCAUGAAUUAGUAGAAGAAAAGGAGAUUCUUAAAGGACACUCACAACACGCAGAGGAACGCGUCCCCGCACUGCCUGGGGGAACAGCCGGCCACCAGCGAAGCCUGCUGGUCAUCAACUUUGACCUGGAGCCCGAGUGUCCCGAUGCUGAACUCCGAGCCACUCUGCAGUGGAUAGCUGCCUCUGAACUUGGGAUUCCAACCAUCUACUUUAAGAAAUCACAAGAAGACAGAAUUGAAAAGUUUCUAGAUGUUGUGCGACUGGUCCAUCAGAAGGCCUGGAAGGUGGGGGACAUCUUCCACGCAGUUGUCCAGUAUUGCAAAGUACAUGAGGAAAGGAGAGAUGAGACCCCGAGUCUCUUUGACUGGCUCUUGGAGCUUGGAUAA